GUUUGUCUUCAAAACAUGCUGCAAAACCAAAAUUGCACAAAAUACAAUGCUGAUAAUGAUGGUCAUCCGAACAUCAUUUUUGGUCAGUUACGUGUCAAGUUCUUCUCUGGCUGUCCAAUUUAAAGCCUUAAUCGCCGUCAAUUCUCAUGGGUUCCUCCGCCAUCAUAAUCUAAUACUGUGCUUACACUAUUCUAGAUGGAAAUGCAGCUUUGACUUCACUUUGAGGAAAUAUUUUAAUAAUUAUCCGCUGGUGUCGUCGUCCCAUUUGAAUACACUCAAUGGUCAACAUCUCCAGGUCAUUUGGCCUCGCUGGAAGGGAAACCCCAAAGGACUUACGGGUCCGCUUAAAGGGGGCGUAUUUCUCGAUACCUUGGCAGAUCGUUUUAAUUUCACGUACGAGAUGGUGAGAGUCACGGAGAAUAGGUUAGAGCCACAGGGAAAAGAACAAGGACUGUUUAACUAUUUGUGGAAUCAACAAAGUGACUUGUUGGUCGUAGGCGUGACUCUGUCAAUUGCGCGUUUUAAAGUUGUAGACUUGUCGGUGCCUUGGGUUUUCGAAACUUAUGCUUUUCUCAUCCCAGUUCAAGAUGACACGGCAAACAUCAACGGAGUAGUCAAACCAUUUCAAUGGCCGGUUUGGUUGGGGUUAAUCGUUUCGAUUGUUUGCGUCACUGCCGCUUUGAUUGUAGUGGAUAGACCCAGAAACGCAAACUUGGUCAGGGACCGUGAACACACUGCUAAGAGGAAAAGCGGUCGAGCUGGGAAACAAUAUCUUUAUGUAUUUGGAAAUUUGAUGUCACAAAGUGGUCCCUGUACGUCGAAACGUUUGUCAUUUCGACUGGUCGCUGGCGUUUGGUGUCUGGCCGCUUUCAUCUUCGUCCAGGCAUACACUUCGAUAUUAUUCACCUACGUCGUGUCACCAGUGAAUGAGCCCCUAAUCAAUUCGGUCUACGAUAUUAUUGAACGUAACGAUGUUCAGCUGCUUACUCGAAAAGGGUCCACUUUGAAUAUUCUUGUUUCGAAUUCAAACGCGACGCCAAUCUAUAUUAAAUUGAAGAAGAAGCUGGACAUCUUCCCCAAUUCCAGAUGCAAUUUGGUAUCAGAAUGCAUCAAUUUGAUCACACCCGGAUCAACAAACACCUUUGUCGAUGCGAGAACUGCACAUAUGGAAACUAUAAAAAGACGUUAUGAUGAAACCAAAAAAUGCGACCUCCAACUGGCCAAGGAACCUUUCUUGGGUGGAUAUGCGUCAUUUGCACUACAAAAAAACAGCCCAUACACCGACACUAUUAACAAAGGAUUGUUGGAGCUUCAACAAACAGGAAUAAUUGAUAAAUGGGAUUGGUUAUUCCAUCCAACACCUCAUCAAUGUAUGGCCAACGUCAUCAACAGCGGGAAAAAGAGACCGGAAACCAAAAAUUUGUCCAUUUCACUAAAAAAUUUGACUGGAGCUUUUGUCGUUUAUUUUAUAGGGUUCAGUUUUUCGUUUCUUACUUUUCUUUGUGAGCUAAUCAUUACCAUAGCUAAACGUCAACAGUUUUAGCAACAACAGCUAAAGAACCUUAAAAAUAAUUUUACGGAAAUGUAGGCCUACCUGCAUGGCGUGGCGUCAUCGAUUGAACUUGUCAAUGAAAUCGACCGCUCUGCCAUAGCGAUAAGCCGAUAAUUAACUUAUUUCUUAUUGAUAGACCGAUAAGUGUGCAUUUACAGGCUAUAAAUAUUAAACUAGGUUGCUACAUGGUUUAGUUUUUAGUAAAGCUAGCAUAGUAUCUGUGCAAAUAAAAAAUGUCA